AUGGCUAUUCUGAGGCUGUUCAAUCAGCGUCAGGCGCAUUGCAUUCGUCUUCUGGAAGACCUUGAAGCUGCGCAUGGUUGGCAGUUUUGUGCCGAUAGGCGUCGCCUAAACUCCGGAGCAGAGCAACAAGCCGCUUCGGCCACGGAGGAGGCUUCAUCGGCAUCAGAACACUUCGCUAAGUCAGAACAGGUCAGUUUCAGCCUGGGCCUCUGGCAGGCCAGCCUGAAUAACGGUGAUCGCCAACUCCAAAUAAGCCUCAUGCGUGAAGCACUUCAGUCGCUGGCGCGCAGGUUGAAUCAGAUACAGGUCGAGCUGGGUGGAUGCCGAUUUGGCCGAAAACAGGUUCUGACCCAGCGCAUCCAGGUAAGACCAUCAGAAAUGCAUACACACAUACCACCUCACGGCGAACUGAUGGACCGAUUGGGAAGCAGCUGA